UCAUUUUCUGAAAUUCUGAGGGAGAGUACUAUUAUUAAGUACUAACAAUGUCCAUGUACCCAGCAGUAGAUGAAGCAGAGACAUAUGCAAUUCAAGGCCAUAAUCCUGGUGGUUAUGUCAUACCAGCGCCGGCAGUUCCAAACUAUGGUACAUCACAUCCUUAUGCUGCUCCAUACCUCACCGGCGGCAUCAGAGGACCUCUCCAGUUGCAGCGUUGGUCCACCGGUCUCUGCCGUUGUUUUGAUGAUCCUGCAAACUGUGUGGUCACUUGCUUCUGCCCUUGUAUUACUUUUGGACAAAUAGCAGAGAUAGUAAGUAAAGGAACUUCAACAUGCACAUGUGAGGGAGCUAUUUAUGGGGCACUGGCUCUUAUUGGGUUUCCAUGCUUGUAUUCAUGCUUUUACCGCUCAAAGAUGAGGGCACAAUAUGAGUUGCCAGAGGCACCUUGUAUGGACUGCUUAGUUCAUUUCUGUUGUGAAACUUGUGCUCUCUGUCAAGAAUAUAGAGAGCUAAAAAACCGUGGAAUUGACUUGAGCAUAGCUCUGUCGUCGGGGGACAUACUACUGCACCUAAUAGUGACAGUCAAUCUUCUGUCGAAGGAGCCGCUGUGCCUAGCACUGAAAUCGACGUCCAAUACACACAUGACGGGAGCUCCUUGGCAGCGUUACUGCACUGCACGACCUGACGCCAACCUUGAACGGACGUCCGCCAGUGUCCAUCCCUGCUCCUGGUGCAUAGAACGAGCAGCGCUAUAACUGGUAUUUGCCGCCGAUUGCAAGAGGAGUUGCAGUGAAAGGUACAAUGACAGUGCGACCCGGUUAAAGAUAAGGUACCGACGAUGCGAUGAGUGGAUGAGAUGGGACUUCAAGUUAACUAUGCGGUUACAAAUUUAAAAUCCUUUUUUUUUAAAAAAAAAAAAGUUGUUUAAGUUAGCUGGUAUUCUAAUUGAUUACCUAGUGUGAUUGUUCACGUAGUUCUGAUAACAAAAAAUAUUG